UCUUCUUCCAGUUUGGGUCGCGACUUAAACGCUGCCGAGGAGAUCCAUCGGAAUCGCUUCUCCUCUCGAUUUGCCCCUCGAUCUUCUGUUCUCUCGUCGCUAUUUCCCUAUCCAACUUUCUUCGGUGAAAGAUGGAAUCUUUGAGUUUGAUUGCAGGUUACCGUAGAAAAGUUUGAAAUGUGUCUGCGUCGCAUAGCAUCAAUGAGGUCUUCCUGCUUCAUCUAUGUCGCUUUGUUGAUCUCGCUUCUGAAACUAGCUCCGAGCAGUUCAUUCUACCUCCCCGGAAGCUACAUGCAUACGUAUCCUCAAGGACAAACUAUAUCGCCCAAAGUGAAUUCUCUCACUUCGUUUGAGACUGAGAUCCCUUUUGACUACUACAGCCUCCCCUACUGCCCACCCGAGGGAGGGAUCAAGAAGAGCGCAGAGAAUUUAGGUGAGCUUCUCAUGGGCGAUCGGAUCGACAACUCCCCUUACCAAUUCCGUGUCAAUGUCAAUGAAUCCCUUUACCUCUGCACUACAAAUCCGUUGAGUGAAGAGGAGGUGAAGCUUCUGAAGCAGCGGACGCACGAUCUGUAUCAAGUGAACAUGAUUCUUGACAACCUUCCUGUCAGGAGAUCUACUGAGCAGAAUGGUGUCACCUUCUACUGGACUGGGUUUCCAGUCGGUUACACACCUCUUCGAAGCAAUGAAGACUACAUCAUCAAUCACUUGAAAUUUACUGUCUUUUACCAUGAGUAUGAAGGCAGCCGUGUCGAGAUAAUUGACACCGGAGAAGAAGGGAUGGGGGUGAUUACAGAGACUGAAAAAAAUACCAUGUCUGGAUUUGAGAUUGUAGGGUUUGAAGUUGUUCCGUGCAGUGUAAAGCGCAACCUGGCUGCCAUGUCGAAGCUUAAAAUGUACAGCAAAGUUGAUCCUGUGAAUUGCCCAUUGGAACCCGACAAGUCUCAAGUUAUUCGGGAGAAAGAACGGAUCUCAUUCACCUACGAAGUUGUGUUUGUGAAAAGCGAUAUCAGAUGGCCCUCGAGGUGGGAUGCAUAUCUCAAGAUGGAAGGUGCCAAAGUCCAUUGGUUCUCGAUCAUGAACUCGUUGAUGGUUAUAGUCUUCUUAGCCGGGAUAGUCUUUGUGAUAUUUUUGAGGACUGUAAGGAGAGACCUUACUAGAUAUGAAGAACUCGAUAAAGAGUCUCAAGCACAAAUGAACGAGGAGUUGUCCGGCUGGAAACUAGUCGUAGGCGAUGUCUUUAGGGAGCCAAAUUUCUCGAAGCUACUCUGUGUUAUGGUCGGUGAUGGAGUGCAAAUUACAGGAAUGGCAGUUGUGACAAUUGUGUUUGCUGCUCUUGGGUUCAUGUCUCCUGCUUCACGAGGCAUGCUCUUGACCGGCAUGAUUGUUCUUUAUCAGUUCCUCGGAAUUGUUUCUGGAUACGUUGGAGUCAGACUUUGGCGAACCAUAAAAGGCGGUUCCGAAGGGUGGAGAUCAGUCUCAUGGUCUAUUUCUUGUUUCUUUCCUGGGAUAGCAUUUCUUGUCCUCUGCAUUCUAAACUUCAUGCUGUGGGGGAGCAAGAGUACUGGAGCUCUACCGAUAUCAUUGUUUUUCGCUCUGUUAUCUUUGUGGUUCUGCAUCUCGGUGCCGCUUACCCUUUUAGGAGGCUUCCUGGGCACUCGGGCGGAGCACAUUCAGCUCCCUGUGCGAACAAAUCAGAUUCCGAGAGAGAUUCCUGCUAGGAAGUAUCCUUCAUGGCUCCUUGUCGUCGGUGCUGGAACUCUACCCUUUGGCACCCUCUUCAUUGAACUAUUCUUCAUCCUAUCAAGUAUCUGGCUCGGAAGGUUCUAUUAUGUAUUUGGAUUCCUGCUUGUAGUUCUCCUCUUGCUGGUCAUAGUUUGUGCCGAGGUCUCGGUCAUCCUAACUUACAUGCAUCUCUGCGUCGAGGAUUGGCAGUGGUGGUGGAAAGCUUUCUUUGCUUCUGGAUCGGUCGCCGUAUAUGUGUUCCUGUACUCCAUCAACUACUUGGUAUUCCAGCUUAGAAGCUUAAGCGGGCCUGUUUCGGCAAUGCUGUACCUUGGCUAUUCACUGAUCAUGGCGCUUGCUAUCAUGUUAUCUACGGGUGCCAUCGGCUUCUUGGUCUCGUUCUACUUCGUUCACUACCUUUUUUCGUCCGUGAAGAUCGACUGAAGGCUUCCUCCUCCCCCUUUAUGAUGUAGUAUAGUUCCUCAAUGCCGGCAGUGACUGUAAGUUUAGUUCCGAUAGGUCUAAUCAGUUUAGCUUGAAAUCCAAGCUUAUGCUUCAAACUUUCUUUAUAAAUGUGAUUAAUGCAGCAAUUGCUGAAUGUUUACGGGUU